AUGAAGACAAAAUCUACUCUCGUGACUACAGUGAUGGCGGCGUACAGGGUAGGGCCGAGGGGCGGGGUGUUGGUGGAGGCUGCAGGGGAGUGGUCGCCGCAGGGAGGGUACACACCUAUCACCAUUAGUAAGCUUGAGAGGCGCGCUGACUUCCACGGCUAUCCACUGAGAGGUGUCGGUGUGAAGGUGUUUGAGUUCAUGACGACAUACAUUAGCGAGGACAGCAUCACAGGCUUCGCGGGGGACACCAUCACUGCUCUUAAGGAACACCAUAAUUUCACGCUGAGUUACAUGCUAAAGGGUUACGCCUACGGGAAGCUCAAGGAAGGUUCUACUAACGAGUGGACGGGGAUGGUUGGCGCCCUGCAGACCAGAGAGGCGGACCUGACUAUAUCCCUGUUGUCUCUCACGAAGGAGCGACAGGAAGUGGUCACCUACACACAGCCCAUCAAUGUGCUAAGCCGCAAGCUCUUCGUCUCCAAACAAGAGGACUUCACCAAGAAACUACUGGCUUAUACCACUCCCAUGGAAACACGCAUGUACUGGUGCAUUGCCGCUAAUAUGGUGCUCCUGGCGGCCGCGCUCUUCUUCAUCGAGAGGCUUCAGCAGAGUUACGUCCCCACGCAGGAAGAGCCAGUCACUAUGGGCGUUGCUUCCUGGUAUAUGCUCUCAGCUCUUCUGCAGCAGGGCUCCAGCACGUGUCCAAUUGGCGUGGCGGCGAGGGCGAUUCACUGGCUUGGGUACGGCGUGUCUGUCAUUGUGUACACAUCUUACUCUGCUACCCUGGUCUCGCAUCUGGCGGUGGAGCAGCCGGCGCCCCUCCCCUUCACUGACCUGCGGGGGUUGGCCAGGCAGUCAGGAUGGGACGCGGGAUGCAACAGGAACGAUCUCUUUCAAGUGAUAGCCUCGCAAACAUGUGUGGGCUCCCAGAAUGAAGCGUGUCAAGUCCUGCUGAGGGCGUGGCAGAAGGUGGUGCUUCGGUCCCCAGAUAACCUUGUGAGCUCCUACAAUGAGGGACUGCAGAAGGUCUUAAAUGGUAAAUACGUGUUUAUCGGGGUGGACAUCUACACUAACUACUAUAUAAGGAACCUUCCACCUGGGGACUCGUGUAAGAUCAAGGUGCUGCCCCGGCUGUACAUCACGGGGGGCAGUGGUAUUGGUCUGCAGAAACACUCCCCCUUCAGGAGAAUCUUUGACCACAGCCUACAGAAGAUGCGUGAGUCAGGACUGAUAGAGAAACUGAGGAACAAGUGGCAGCUCACAGCGGGACCCAAUACAUGCGACACUAGAGCUGUCAUCAACGCAGGGUUCUCUGACGUGGCUGCUAUCUUCAUCCUCCUCGGGGCCGGCGCGACACUCAGUUGUCUCCUGCUGGUGCUGGAGUGCGUGGUGGCGGUGUACACUGGUGGCCACACAUUCUACACCUCGCAGAAGCCACACACGGAACACUCUGAGGCUGACGUAGAUAAGAAGAGCACUGAUGAUACUAACAGUUGUGCAUUAACAUAUCAAUCACUAUGAAAUGCAAGUAGAUAAACACGAAAACACACUAAUUUCACGCCAGGGUAUGUGUUUUUCCAGUAU